AUGGGCCUCGCAGGCCCCAAAAGCCGCUCCAAAAUCUCCGCAGACCCCAACAACACAACCUGGUCCCGCUCAACCUCCCGCUUCGGCCACCGCAUCCUCACUUCACAGGGCUGGACGCCGGGGCAAGCGCUGAACCCGCACGCCGGCCACGCGGGGCACUACACUGUCGCCAAUACAUCGCACAUCCGCAUCGCGCUCAAGGACGACAAUCUCGGGCUGGGCGCUACGAGGGGCGGGCGGGAUGCGGAGACUUUUGGGCUGAGUCAGUUGGCAGGACUGCUAGGAAGACUGAACGGUAAGGGGGAGGGAGAGUUGCGGAAGGAGGAGGCGGCGAGGAGGGAUGUGCAGCUUGUGGGGUACCAGGAACGGAGGUGGGGGGCGGUGAGAUUUGUUAGUGGGGGAUUUCUGGUGGGGGAGAAGGCGGAGGAAGAGAAAGAGAGCGAAGAUCAGGGUGCGGGUACGGCGGCGCCGGUGGCAAGGGCUGGAGAGCCUGAUGCGGCGUCGUUGAAGAAGCGGAAGCGGACGGAUGAGGAAGAGCCGGAUGAAGAGGAAAAACGUUCAUUGAAGAAGAAGAGGAGAUCAAGCAGAGAUCUCAGGGCGGAAGCCAAGAAACAAGAAAGUCGCGACAAGACCCCGAAAGAGUUACAGAGAAGAAAGCAUCGGGAUGCGGAGGAUGUGGAGUUAACUACGGAACCGGCCACUGCCGCCUCGUCGUCCUCCGCUUCGGCCUCGUCAGACGAGAGAGCAGAACGCCGGAGACGAAAAGCAGAGAAGAAAGCUCGAAAAGCCGCCGAAUCUGCCGAAUCCGGCGAGUCGGCCACAGCGACAACCACGGCAGACGUUUCAGCUGCAGUCUCCUCUGACGAAGUACCCGACAAGGCGGAGAAGCGGCGGCGGAAAGCCGAAAGGAAGGCCGCUAAGGAGUUGAAGCGCCUAAAGAGAGAAGGCAAACGGCUAAAACGGGAGGAGCGGCGACUAAACAAUAAGGAGAAAUCACGAACAGACGACGCGACAUCCUCAGCAAGCUCCAAAGAAUCGUCGCCGGAAUCGUCAGCGGGUGUUCAGCAGGCAGAGGCGCAAGCAAAGCCUCCAGCCCGCUUCGCAGGGGGCAGACAUGCAGUGCGGCAGCGGUACAUCCGCUCCAAGCAGAUGGCUUCGAUGGACCCGCAGGCCCUGAAGGAGAUUUUCAUGAUUAAAGCGCAGUCAUAG